AUGUUCUUCGUGAAGUACUUGGACCAGAAACAGGGCGAGGCUCGUGCCUCGGCCUUGGAUGCAAGACUAGCGGGAGCUUCUUGGAUUCGGGUGGUGGACCAGCAGCAGCUGCUGCGCGCGCGCCUGGAGAAGUUCCUGCAGCAGCGGCCCAGCGCCCAGGAGCUCCUGGACCGCGGCAUCCUGGGCCGGGAGCAGCGCUUCGCGGUGGCCCAGCAGGUGCUGGAGGAGUUGCUGCGGCGCCGCCUCCAGGCGCAGCAGAAGGAGUUGGAGCGGCCCGGCGUCGCCGCCACGCUGCCGCCCGGCGCCGCGGAACUGCUGCAGGGCCAGGCGUCGUUGGCGCGGCUGGAGGAGCUCCGGGCGCUGAGGAGCGAGCGGCAGCGAGGGGUGCAAGAUGCCCAGCGGAGGUGGGAGGAGGCGGCCGCCGAGUGCGGCAGGUGCGGCUUGGGCCCCACGGCGCCGCGCCUGGCGCAGCGCCUGCGGGCCGCGGUGCAGGGCUUGGAGCGGCGCCGAGAGGCCGAGGAGCAGCUGGCAGGCGUCUUCCAAGAGCUGGAGGCCUUUCAACAGCUCCUGGCGCGGCGACGGACCCUGGAGGACAUCAUUGCCAUGGUGGAGCAAACCGAUGCCGCGCGGGAGGCGGUGUUCGCCUUCAGCGAGACGAAGGCGGCGCCGGAGAUGCAGAAGCUGCUGGCGCUGUGCACAAAGCUGCCGCCCAGAAGCAGGGCCAUCGGCCUGAAGCGGCUCCGCUUCCUCCUGGAGCCUUUGAAGCGGAACCUCACGCAGGAGCUUCUGGACCAGCUACGCCGCAGCGGGCGCUGGCCCCGGGAACCUUCCGCCACAGGCGGCGCCGCGCCCGGGGCGACCCAGCGAGCGCUGGAGCUGUGCUGGAAGCUUCGGGAGGCACAGAGGGCCAGCGAAGGCUUCCAGCCUCCGGACGAGGAGCGGGGCGCUCGGGCACAGGAGCUGUGGCCCUGUGAGGCGCUCGCAGCGCCGCUGCUGUCGCGGUUCCGGCACCACUUCUGCCGCCCCGAGAGCGAGCUUUGCCGCAUGGACAAGCCCGAGUGGGCCUUCAGAUAUUUAACCGAGCUCGCCGCGGACCAUACAGCAGAGCUGGAAGAGUGGAUGGGCCAGCCAAUGCCCGCUGGCGGAGAGGAGUUGAUGGCAGGCCUCUGCCUGUCGCUGGCCUGCGAGGCCAAGCGCCUGGUGCGGGCGCGCCUGGGGGCCAUGAAGGAUGCAGAUUCCAAGCCGCUCCUGCUGCAGACGCUGCACCACCUGGUGCAGUUCCACGGAUCCAUGGCCUCCCUCGGGGGCCAAGCCGCGGCCGCCGCCGCCAUGAAGGAUUUCGACGAGAACCGGAUGCUGGAGGGAGGCUCCGAGGAGCCCAACGGCCCUGUGAGCCCCGAGCGAGGAGGCCUGGCUUUGCGCCUGGCGCGCCUGGCGCGGGCCUCAGCUGAGGAGGAGGCCAAGGAGAUCGAGCCCCUGGGCUUCCUGGACGUCUGGGCCGCCGCGGACUUCGGCUUCGUGGACGAGAAGCUGUCCGCGGGCCUCGCGGGGGCCGCUUGGCGCCCGAGGCCUCUCUUCCAGGGGACAGGCGCCGGGCCAGAGGCCUUCGGCCUCGCCACGCUGCUGGCGGACCUCUUCGAGCGCGCCGCGGAGCGCGCCAGCUGUCUCUCGAGCAAGACCGCGCAGCGCCGCUAUUGCCAGGCGGUGCUGGCGCCGGGCCUUGCGCGGGCCGCGCAGGCGGUGAAGCAGCGCUGGAACGAGCUCAGCGACCCGCUGGAGGAUGUGCAAGAGGCGUGCCGCCUUGUGGAGACGCUGCAGGAGAUGUGCAUCUUCCUUGACAGCUUCUCGAUGGCGGAGCAGGUGGAAACCCAAAGCCUCGACGAGGUCCGGGAGCUGCAGCUCGUGAUCCUCGAGAAGUUGGCGGGAUGCUUCCAGGAGGCUGCGAAGGGCGCCUGGCGCCGUCUGCAGAAGGAGUCCUGCGUGUUCUCCCACCUCUUCGCCAGGCCCUGGCAGAGUCUGGCCGAGCAGCUCCGCGGCGCCAACUUCCAGGCCCUCGCGCAGUCCAUCGUGGGGAAGCUGUCGAGUCUGCUGUCGUCGCAGCUGAGACAGGGCCGCUUCACCAACGAGGUGGAGAUCGAGCUCUUCACUGCCAACGUCCGUGAAGAUCUGCAAACCCUGCUGCAGACGCGGCUCAGUGCUGAGCAGCUCACUCCCCUGCAGGGUGUUUGGGAAGGCUGUCAGUUGUUGACGCUUCCCGAACACCUGGCCAAGGACACCUUGGAAGCCCUGCAGAAGGUGUUGCGCCUGUCCCCCACAAGGGAGAAGCCUCCGGAGGGCGAGGUGCUGCAGCAGAAGCAGCUCGAGGCGCUUCGCCGCGCUGGCGUGCGGGAGCUACCGGUGGACGAGGUACUGCAGAUCCUGCGCAAGAGGCCGGACCUGCAGAACUUCAGCGAGCAGGAGUCCUCCUUCAGCGUGCUGCAAGACAUGCUGCCUGUGCAGGCCACACUGCAGUCCUUGCCUGCCUCCGCGGCAGCUUCUGUGGCGCAGGCCCGCUUGCAGGACCUGGCUGGGGCUGGCAGGCCUGGGCACGAGCAUCAUCGAUUCGGCAUGGCAGGGCCGGUGCCAAGGGCCCAAAAUCAAAAAAGCCUUGUCCUUUGACCUUCUCC